GUUCUGAGUAUAAUUUUUAUAACAUUUAAAAAUUUUUCAUGUAUUUUGAUAGCACUACCAAUUGUCUUUUAUAUUUGAAAUGUUAUGUACUACCUUUGUGCAAUUAAAUUUUUCUUAUUGUUCAACACAGAAUUGAUUAAAUUUGUAACCAAGUAUGUGUGAUCUUUCCAUUGUGCUUUGUAUAUUUGCCUGCUAUCUUACUAAAUUACAGGGAGAACUGUGGUUUUCACAGACACUUUCCAGAGCCUGUUGAAGAGCUGGACUAUGCAGUAUUUGGAGAAAAGAAACACAAUUUGAUAUCAUCUUUCAGAAAAGAGAAUGCUUCUCAGUAAUAGAAGAGGAUGAACAGUUGCUAUUCAACUCAGUGCCAAAUGAGGAGUAUUAACAAUAAAAUAAGUUUUAUACUAGGACAAACAAACCUUGGGUGGAUAUCAAAUAUUAAAUGCCUUCCAAAGGAAAUAGAAACACUAUUCACAAAAAUUGACAAAGAAGAUUUUUUGAGAGUAUCUGAGUUAAGAAAACCCAUCAGUAAGCACUCCAAGAAUUAACUAAAGGUCUGGAAGUUUCGUCAACUAUGAACCAAAUGCAUUCAGUCAUUCAAUAUCCCCUCAGCAAAAUUUUAUUGACUGUCUAUAAUGAAAUCUACACCAUAUUAACACAUUUUAUUAGCAAAUGUUACAGAGAUGUGAUAUUGGACAAUCUUUAAAACUGGACCUUCCUAGGUAAAAGCAGCCUCAAUCUUGGGUGUAAAUAGCCAAAUUUAGAUAUUUUUAAGAUCAGUAGAAAUCUAUAGGACAAUAGUGUCCUAAGCAAUUCAUCCAUUCAAUUAAUUCACUCAUUCAUUCAUUCAAUACAUGAUUGAGUACCUACUGUGUGAGGUUUACUGAGAUGGGUGCUGGCAUAAGAAGGUACCCAAAGCAGGGCCCAAGCUUUCCAGGAGCUUCCAGUCUCGUAAGAGAAGACAAGUCAGGUGUACAAGCCAUCAAGAACAGUAAGUUUCAAAAGAAAAACAUCCAUGAUGCUUAUGAUCCAGAUUUGGAGAUAAAAAUGAUGUGUAACUAUAAAACUUCUUUUAAAACAAAUCUGUAAGGAUUGACUUAUCAAACUGGUUGAUUUAGCUAAGCUCUAAGUGAAAGGGUCACCUUGGAGGCUUUUAAUUUAUUCCAACAAGAAUGCAAAUCUGGACAUUAGCUAUAGAGUGAGAGAGUUUUCUUAUUACCUCAUGGGAAAUUUUGAUUUUUGGCUAAAGGAUAAUAUUGUCCAAUGUGAUUGCCUGCCUUAAUUAUCAACUCAAAUGUCUUUUUAUUGUUUCAAAUACUCAGUAUUCUGUCAAAGAGCAAAGUUAUGUCCCUACUUAAGAAACUCAAAAAGAAUGUGCAUCCAUUUCUAAAGGGUACUUCUAAGGAAUUUUUAAAAUGCUUCAAGCAAUGGUAGUGUCAUUAGAGUAAAUUACUACUACUUUUGAAGAUGACUACAUUCAUUUGGAUGGAUAAAUGCUAGUAUUCACACUGAGUUAAAUUAGUGUGCACACUUGAUGUUCACCACUUGAAUAAACUUGUAAGAACUCACAGUAUAAGGCACUGGUAAUUACCCAGUGGCUGGCCUGGCCAGCUUACUUCUUAAGAGUUCAGAGAUGAGAAAAAUAUAAGAAUCCAAGAGAACAGGAUGGCCCAGUAGAGAGGUGACAUUUAUACAGGACUGACAAGGUUUUGACAGGAUCGACAGUCUAUAUUUGCUGUUAUGGCUUUAUUUGGAUAAAAUGUAAGUUUAGUGAGUGGACAGUUAGAAUCAGAGUUUAGAAUUUUCCACAUUAAAUUGGACUGUUCCAAUAAAGUAGAAAAUAUUAUAGAAUGUUUUUUCUGGAUUUUUAAAUAAAAGGUAGUAGUCGUUCUUGGACUACUUCACCAUAACCUUUCUUAGUGUAAGGUAAGAACUAGAUGACCUCAGGAAGAUUUGAGUCUGAGAUGGUUAAUUUAUGGGUUCACUCGACUGGGCCGUGGUAGUCAAACAUUAUUCUGGAUGUUUCUAUGAGGGUUCUUUUGGAUGAGAUUAACAUUUAAAUCAGUGCACUUUGAGUGAAGCAGAUUGCCCUCCACAAUGUAAGUAGGCCUCUUCCAUCCACUGAAGGCCUGAAUAGAACAAAAGACUGACCCUCCCCUGAGCAAAAGUAAAUUCUGCACAGUUAGCCUUUGGACUUGAGCUUCAACAUUCAGCUCUGCCCUUGGCCUCCAUCCAGCUUGUGACCCACUCCUCAGCUCUCAGACUUGCCAGGCACCGCAGCUGUGUGAGCCAAUCUCUUAAAUCUCUCUUAAUCUCUUGAUUUCUCUCUCUCUCCCUCUUCUAUUUCUCUAGGGAACCCCGAAUAAUUGAGAAUCCAUCAAAAAAUUCAGAAAGUGUUUUAAGAGUUAAUCAGCUAAAACAAAGAAGUAAUAUAUUAUUUUUUAAAAUGAAGACACUCAAAGCACUGCAUAUUACAUAGUAAUUGAAAGUCUUUUGUGCAAAUAAACCCACCAAGCCAGAGAAACUUCACUCAGAACAGUCAUAUCCAGAGUAUGUGGGCAUCACUGCAGAUUGCCUGACACCUCCUCUGGGCUUUUGGAAGUAGUCACCUGACAAGCCCUUUACAUAUCCUACAUCAGGUUUCUCUUUAAAUUCUCUCAGCAACUCUUCUUGUUCUCCUUCUCAUCAGGAGAUGAUCAGGCCUCAUAUUACCUGGAACAGAGCUUCUCAAAUUUGAAUGAGCAGAAGAAACUCUUGGAAGUCUCAUGAAGCUGCAGAUCUGAUUCCAUAGGUCUGGGCAGGGCCUGAGCCUCUGCAUGUCUAAUGAGCCCUCUGUUGAUGCCCAGGCUGUGGUCCUGGGACAGGGCUCUAUAUCUGUCCAUCUCAACUCUGAGUCACCUGCAAUCUUGUUAGAUAAGCAGAAUGUCAGGCCCCAGCUGACUUACUGAAUGGGGGUCCCUGGGGCCCUGCUGCUCCCCACAGUGUCAGCUGUCUUUCCCUGCUCCUUGCUCUUGGCCUAAGAACUUGUUCAAUCUUCUCUUCCGUUAAGUAGUAACUCUCUACCUGACCCACUCCCUUUCCCCCACUGGAGACUUUCUUCUUCAUAGACAGAAGUAGAGUGCUCUAUACUUGCUGUCUCUCCUCCCUCCACAACCCACCUGUCUUUACUAUUUCACAUUAUGUUUCUCUGUGUCCAUGCGUAUGUUUGUGUGUAUAUGUGUGUACAUAAAGAAAUUUACUGUGGUCAUUUAAACCGGACACAACCAAUCAACAAUUAGCCCAUUCAACACAACUUCACAAUUGUUUUUAAUCACAAGUCUGUUAAAAGGCAUGUUAGUGACACAGAUGUCUUUAUUUCUGAAUGAUUAACUUAUUCUGGCAAGUCAUAUGGUCACUUGCUUCUCUUGCUCCUGGGAAAGAGGCCAGGGUGCACUUAACCUUCUGACCUGACACUUCACUCUAUUGCUUAACCCACUCCAGUCAAUUCUCAAGUUUGAGCUCCAUGGCCUGGUCUGCAGGGCCUCCACUCCAGCUGCCUCUCACCUUCCCUUUACUCUUUACAAUCUGGAAAUGCCACGCUGCUCAGGGGCUCUGGAGUACUAGGCUGCUCUAUGCCUCCUGGGCCCCUGCUUGGCAUCCUGGCACUUCUCUCUCCUGCCCCUGCUGCCUUCUAGACAUCUGGAGAACUCAGCUCAGACACUUCCUCUUCUAGAACAACCUCCCCAAGCUCCCAUGAUACCCAGGGGGUUGCCCUUAAUGUCCUGGAGCAGCUCAGUUCCAGUGCACAAACAGUGUUUGCAGAGGGAAAGAAGAAAACAAUGCUACUCUAUCACUGAAAACGGUUGCAACUUCAAAGGCAGGAGCUUCCUGCCCUGUCCUAUAGUGCUCACAAUAAAAUGAAUCUAUCCCCAAAAAUCCAUUUUAAGGCAGAACUGAAAGGCAAUAAAAGGAAUGAAGAUCAGAAUAGCAGUAAGACAAAAGAGUAAGACUUGGGUUUGUUAGGCUUUACAGUUUAUAAAUUGUCACUGAGAGGUAUUCAUUUUUACAACAUGGUGAGGUGAGUACUAGUGGACUCAUUUUACAGAGAAAGAAAUGGGCUCAGAGAAGUUUCUGCUUUAUCCCAAAGGCCCCAGGCAGAAAGUACAGGGAGGGAGCUCUCCAUUCCAUGUGAAGCCCAUUUCAUAGCUCAAACAAGAGGAAACAAAUGGAAGAUAUUAAUAAGAACUUACUUUUAAAAUUCCUUAUGCUCACUGCUCUAUUUAAAAAAACAUUUCUCUUAAAUUAUGCUAUGGUAACUAGCUCUCCCAUUUCUAGACAGUAAUCUGUUAUUGGGUGUUACUUUCCUAAUUUAGAUGCCACUACUAUAUACUAACUUAGAUUCACUCCUUUUAAUAACAUUGACAGAAGCUUAUGCCUUAUAAUGUGUUCCACCAUUCACUGCUAUAAAAUUUGAGAGCCCAAAAUGUAUUCUAUUCAUUCCAUUAUAUGGAUAAGUCUCAAAUCUCAGAAAAUGCUAGUAUAGAUCCUCAUUUUAAAGAACUUCCCUGCUUAUAUCCUUGGAAUCCUUACUUUGAUGCCUAUUCUGUGUCUUUUGUAAACCUCCCUUUGUUCCAGUUCACUGUUCCGCUAAAACCCUAUAUUAGAACAAACCCUUUAAGGAUAAGAAAUGGUGUAAAUUACAUUCUCAACAUGCUGCCAGCAGUCUCCACCUAAUUAAUGUCUUCUCUUUGCAUCCAAGUAGGGAACAGCUGUGUCCCACCCUGGAGACAGCUAUUUAGUAAUAUUCACUAUUACUAAACACCUACUAUGUGUCAAAUUACCGGGUAGUUGCUAAGCAUAUGAAGAUAAAACUCCACCACUUUCUGGGAGAACCCUAGUACACGGGGUGAGAAACGCAGUUUCAACUGCAGGGUCAGAAUUACAAAACACGAUGAAGCAGGGCCUAUGAAAAGCAAGGCGUCACAAACAUGCCUGCCGGCUCCUGUUCCCAAGGACACUACUCACUGUCCUGUCCCCUUUUAAUUCCUGUGUGGGGAUGACCUGCCUGGGAGCCUGAAGUUUUCUUGGGAACUAUGGUUCUGGUUCUACCUACUCGAGGAUCUCUGUGACUUGGUCCUCUUGCUUGGCCCCUACUUACCGCAAAGAUCUGUGACACUUUGCCCUCUUUUGCUUCGGCUGAAAGUUAGGAGUAAACUUUGCACUUGAGAAUCUGAUGUCUCUUUCUUUUCCAUCUACUUCCCUUUUGUUCUCCCCAAAUACACAAGCAAUGUUCAAGAAGGCUCCUAUACAAACACAUGAAAGCAAGGUAUCCAUAAUACUAGAAGCACAUCUUGCUUUUCACACCUGCUCCCCUAGCCAGCUGUGUUAAGUCCCCUGUGCCGCCCGAACAGGUUUGCUGGGGCAGAACGGACCCGCAUCUCCAUGGCGACGCGUCACAAAGUAUCCUAGCGCCUGCAGUCCUGAUCCAGCUGGAACAAGGACCCUGAGGCACGAAUGGCACAGUCUGGGCCGGAGGCCCCUUACGCCUCUCAUUGCGGCCCAAAGAUCCCAUCACAAUUCAAAACAAAUGAAAAGAGUAACCAGAGAGGGCUUAUGAAGAAUGCACUCAGGAAACUGAAGAAAAUGGACCCAUGGAUUCUUCAUCAAGUUGCUGUGUGUCGAGACUUCUGGCCAAGAUGGAGGCAUAAUCAAAAAAGCAUCCGAACAUUAGGAUAUACAUAUUCACUUAGUGAUCCUCUUCCCAAUCAGACACAUUACAAUGAUGAGUAUGUUUGGAAGUUGGGCUCUAAGGAAGAUUUGAUCAAAGCUGGGACUCCAGGAGAGACUGGGAACCGCAGUUCUCACGCCAUUCAAGAUCCUUUUCACUGGACACUACCUCCAGGUCACUCCACGUCAGCGAAGAGCUACCUCCCUUGGAAAAUCUGUGCUACAGAGGAUGAGGUCAGAAAGGCCAUAUCAAAUCAGUUUACUUCCCAUACCAGGAGAGACUUUGUGGACAGAGCUGAAGCUCAGAAGAUUAAGCAAAGUUCUCAGAUGUUUCUAGAUUGGAAAAAGUUACUUUCUCACCCCACAGACACUGAAUUUCGACGUAAUUACCAAGUUCCAGCUAAAAUUCCUGAGUUUCAGGACUUUAGUUUCAAGUAUGGAUGCUACUCAAGUCUGCCAAUUGCUUCUCAGGGUCUAGUUCCUUCUGUGCUGCACAGCCACAUGAAGAGCCAGGCCCGCACAAAGAAGCAGACCACAUACCAGAGUGAUUAUGGCAAAGCCUACCUGGAUUUCUUAACGAUCUUGAAUUCAUUUACUCCUUCUCAAAUAACAGAGUACCUGCAAAGUGUUUCCUACACAGACAGAAAACUUCUUGAACGCUUUCUUCACUCUUACCGUGAUGUUGACAAGGGGACAGAGUGAAAAGGGAAAAUGAUCCAAAUGAAGAAAAUCUGAAAAUCAGUGGAAGGGCCUACUGGGCCAUUUCAUCAAAAGUCAAGGAAAAACAAUAUUCAAAUUAUUCCAGAUAUGAUAUUCGUGACUUCAUAUGAUUGUCUUCUCUCAACACUAUAAAUCCCCACCCCACCCCCCAACAUAGCUCUAAUUGUAUCCAGUAGGUUUUGAUAUAAAGUUUCUCCUAUUCUCUUUUGGAUACUUAAUUUGUGAUUUUAAUUUUUGACUUCCUCUUGAAUCAGAAAUUAUGUGAAAGAGGUUUCUUAAUUUUCCAAUAAUUAGAGGAUUAAAGAAAUGUUUUUAUUAUUGAUUUCCUGUUUGAAAGUUUAAAAAAAAUCUCUGCUUUGGAAAAUUUAGCAAAAUUCUAUCUUAUGUCAACUAUCUGAUUGAUUUGUAUAUUACAGGAACAUAAGAAAAAAUGUAUUUCAUUGUAUUUUUCAAAUCCAUGUAUCUUAAAUUAUAUACUUGAAUUGCCAAAUUCUGAAAGAAUAUUUAAAACAUCCC